GAUAACACCAUUACAAUCUGGUCUGGGCAGUGCUUGCUUGCUUCUUGGUUCUCCGCCACAGCCAACACACGUCAAAGAUGGCCUCGCCUGCUCCGCCCUCUUAGUACACCCUGCCUGCACUCAGCGCACUUUCGCGCGUACGCCCCUGUGACGUUUGCAGUUCCGACACACGUCCCCAUCCAACGUAGCCAAGCGUCACGCACCAACUGCCUCAAGUACUCCCGCGCCCCUCCGCGUCUGUCACGUCUCCCGCUGAGGCAGGCGUGUCAGGACCCAGCAUGUCUUUCUUCAAUGGCGCCGUCCAGUCGCUUCGUCUUCGCAAUCUCAAUUCAUCCCCCGAUUUCAUGGUCAUGGCCUCCGACCCGUACAGCGCCGGCAAUGGCUUCCUCGACGUGUUCAAGCACAAGCGCCCGGCGCACAGCUCCCAUCCGGACUUCGCGAACCUUGCGCUCCUCGUUUUCGAGGCUGUCAUGGAGGUGGUAUGCGUCAGUCUUCCGGGGUACAUUGUGGCCAGGAUGGGCCAGUUCGAUGCGGACGCUCAGAAGUUCGUCGCGAACCUGAACACCCAGCUGUUCACGCCAUGCUUGAUCUUCACGAAGCUUGCAUCGCAGCUCAGUGCCGACAAGUUGGUUGAGCUGGGCGUUAUCCCGUUCAUCUUCGUCGUCCAAUUGAUCGUUUCCUAUCUCGCUGCGUUGAUCGUAUCUAAGCUGUACGGGUUCAGCAAGAGGGGGCGCAACUUCGUGGUCGCCAUGGCGGUUUUCGGAAACUCCAACUCUCUUCCCAUCUCGCUCGUUAUCUCGUUAUCGAAGACGCUUUCUGGGCUUCAUUGGGACAGAAUACCAGGCGACAACGACAAUGAGGUAGCCGCCCGCGGCAUUCUCUACCUCCUCAUCUUUCAGCAGCUCGGCCAGCUCGUGCGCUGGACCUGGGGCUUCAAUGUACUCCUGGCACCUGCCGAUGCGUACAAGGAAGAAGACGAUGGCAGGAACAGCAUCAUGGAGAACGGCGAAUUCAGUGAUGGCGAGGCAGACCGCCUCCUAGACGAUUCGCAUUCCGACUAUGAGUCUGGCAACGUCACGAGCUAUGCGACUUCUAUCUCCACCACGUCGUCGGACUCAGACUCCAUCACACAACGAGAAAACGCCCAGUCGACUACCACCUUUGUCACACCGACGAAUGGAAACGUAACGGUCAAGGGUCCCGGAAAUAUGAAUGGGAACGGCUAUCCUGACGAAGGCGUUCAAUUCGGCACUGUCUUCUCUUAUAAAACAGAUCAUCCGCCCAAGGGCCCGAAGAAAGUCGCUUUCCAAGUGCAACGCACUCUACAGCGCUUUGCACGAUCUAUUCGCGACGUUAUUGCACGCGCUUCACGACGCGUAUUUCUAGCACUUCCGGUCUGGCUGCAGAGGACGCUGGCGAAGCUCUACCACUACACGGCCAAAUUCCUUGGAGGCUGCUGGGAGUUCAUGAACCCUCCGUUGUGGGCGAUGUUGGCAGCAAUCGUGGUCGCGUCGAUUCCUCCGGUCCAGCACGCCUUCUUCGACCCAGGCACGUUCCUCAGUAAUUCUGUGACUCGCGCCAUUAGCCAGAGUGGCGGUGUCGCUGUGCCACUCAUCCUGGUCGUUCUAGGCGCCAAUCUGGCCCGCAACACUCUCCCUGACGAAGGCAAUCGCUCCAUCGAAGACAUCAAGGUGGAGAAGAAGCUCGUCCUUGCUUCGCUUGUGAGCCGGAUGCUCAUUCCGACCCUCAUCAUGGCCCCUCUCCUGGCCUUGACGGCCAAAUUUGUGCCCGUCAGUAUCUUGGACGAUCCGAUCUUUGUAAUCGUCUGCUUCCUGCUUACGGGUGCACCGAGCGCGUUACAGCUGGCGCAGAUUUGCCAGAUCAACAACGUGUAUAUGGGUGCCAUGUCGAAUCUUUUGUUCCAGAGCUAUGUCGUCUGGAUCCUUCCUUCGACACUGCCCCAAGCGCCUGCAUCAGCAAGCCCAAAGCUGCAGCCGAGCAGCCGCAGUGUGCACGAUGGCACGUCGCCGCGCCCGGGCAGCUCGAAAGUUGUCUCUAUUGCCGACCCGGAGAUCGAGAGCAUCUCUCCUUUGAUGCGUGGCCAGCAUAAGGAUCUAGGCGGUGGUGAUUACUUCGACCUUGGGCAGGCUGCCAAACAAUUCCGCGCCAAUGUGAGCGGAAAGAGACUCAUCGGCAGACCGUCUGUCGAGCGGCUUGCUCCAGCGAGUAGACAAUCGACAGAAGGCAACCCAUCGUACAACUCUUUGCUUUCAGACAGCUCCGAAGGCCUCCCCUCCCGACAGUCCCAUGAGAACUUGAUUAAGCACGUUACCACAUGGCUUAAAACCGAAAAGGCUCGCCGGCAUGCACGAAAAUCAAAGCGCAAGGUUGCAGCUGCGAAAGUAGCUUCUGCAGUAGAGCACGCCCUUGGUGGAUCCAAAAGUGAACAUUCUGAAGAGAGGCGCGGUUCCGACUCAUCUGAUGGUUCGGUAGCUUUGGAUCAACUUGCAAUGAUCCUUGAGAGAUCCAUGUCCCUCAAGUCUACUGACGGAUCGCCUCGCUUUCACAGAGUGGGCUCUCACAGUCGGAAAUUGUCCCUUUUCAAACGCAACUCUACUAUUUCGUCGGGAGAGGACCAUUUUGACUCUAUCGAUCAGCUUGUGCCCAGCUGCGAAGCUAUUCUUGACAAUUCGAAGACUAUGACGUACGGUGCUGGCGGUCCCGAGUCAGAAAGCACUGACGAUUUAACGAAAGUCUCUACUCGUCGAGCCAAGAAGGAGAAGGAGGCGUGGGCAGCUUUCAAAUAUGAGAUUGUGCGGCUUACGCAUACUCUGAAGCUCAAAGGCUGGCGGCGAGUGCCGUUGGAUAUGAGCGGCGAAAUCACCGUCGAUCGGUUGAGUGGCGCUUUGACGAACGCAGUAUACGUAGUCUCACCUCCCAAGAACUUGCCCGAACAAAGAUCCCGAGAGGAAGGGGUCCCCACACCAAAGAAUCCUCCUCCCAAACUCCUACUACGUAUAUACGGUCCGCAGGUCGAGCAUCUAAUUGAUCGAGAGGCAGAGUUGCAAAUCCUGCGGAGGCUUGCUCGAAAGCGAAUCGGACCACGAAUGCUGGGUACUUUCACUAAUGGAAGAUUUGAGGAGUACUUCAAUGCGAGGGCAUUGACCCCGCAAGAACUCCGUGAGGCGGGCACUUCAAGGCAGAUUGCGAAGCGCAUGAGGGAGCUACACGAAGGCAUCGAUCUCCUUCCAAAAGAGCGAGAAGCUGGUCCUUUUGUUUGGCAGAGCUGGGACAAGUGGGUUGACCUAGCAGAGAAAAGGAUGUCCUGGCUGGACCAACAGAUCAUAAAUGGCACUCAGGGCAGUGUGCAGUCCGCCGCUGAUAGGUGGAAGGAUCGAGGGCUUGUGUGCGGCGUAGAAUGGCCUGUCUUCCGAAAGACUGUGGAGAAAUACCGAGCUUGGCUUGAAGAGCAGUACGGAGGUAUCGAAAAACUCAACGAGCGGUUGGUCUUUGCUCACAACGAUACGCAAUACGGAAACAUACUACGUAUGACGCCGUCAGGAGAAUCGCCUCUCCUCCUCCCAGCGAACGAGCAUAAACAGCUUAUUGUCAUCGAUUUCGAGUACUCCAACGCUGACCUCCCCGGAUACGAAUUCGCCAACCACUUCAACGAAUGGUGCUACAACUACCACGACCCAUCCCCCCACCGCAUCAACACCGCCAUCUACCCCACCCCGGAUGAACAACACCGCUUCAUCCGCGCCUAUCUCCAGCACAACCCCACCUUCAAGUCCUCCCGCGGCCAUUCCUCCAACCCGCCCACGCCCCACCUCGAUCCCCUCCAGUCUUCCGGCAGCAGCACCGCCCUCGCAGCCACCGCCACGCCCACCACCAUCUCCGCCUUCAUGCUCGACGCCCGCGCCCAGCCCGGCGAGCGCUACAGCUACCACGAGCACGAGGCGCAAGUCGAGCAGAGCAUCGAGGACGAGACGCGCAGACUCAUGGCGGAGACACGGCUGUGGCGCAUGGCGAGCUCCGCGUUUUGGAUCGCGUGGGGCAUCGUGCAGGCUGUGGUGCCGGGGAUGCCGAAUCUUGACGAGGAAGAGGGGAAGGAGGCGCCGGUUAGUGCGGAGGCUGGUGUGCUGAAGAGCGCGACGAAGGAGGUUAGGGAUGAGGCUGCGGCCGAGGAGAAGGAGAAGCAGAGCGAAGUGAGUGAGAUGGAGCGCGCGGGUGAUGAACGAGGAGCGGGUAGCGCUGGGACUGGUGCAAGUGCUGACGAACCACAGGCUGAGGAGGAGGAAGAGUUCGACUACCUGGGCUAUACGCAGGAGCGGGCGCUGUUCUUCUGGGGCGAUGCGAUCAAGAUGGGCAUUGUGAAGGCGGAGGAGCUGCCCGAGGAGAUCAGGAGCAGAGUUAAGACUGUGGAGUACUGAGCGACGGGCAUAAAGCCACGGAGCCGCUGGCGAGAAAUGUGGAAUUUCUGCGUGGUCUGCGGUGGAGAUGGGUUGAGGAAGGUCGAUGGGAAGGCCUGUGUAUGGCCUGUGUGCAAGGUCUACCCGGACAACCUUAUGGUUGCCGACAAUUUCAUGGCCUCUUUGUUGCCUCUUUUGCGUCUAGGUAAUAGCUAAGUAGCUGAAUGAUACUGGAACCUCACCAC